UAAAUAUAGGUCUAAGAAAGUAAAAAUCAUUCAUUCACAUAAUUAAUAUAUUUGUCUCAACGAUUCCACCCACAAACGUUUCUCUUUAAACUCCAAUCAUGUCUCUCUUCACGUCUUUCUUAAGUUGCUUUGUUCCAAAAUCCAGCUCAAAAAUUAGUUCAAUCGAUGGUAGUAUCCCGAAGGGCUUGUCGUUGGAGAAGCCAAAAAGCAAAUCUGAAUCUCUUAGAGCUCCAAUCAUUGUAUCUUAUUUCCCCGUGGGUUCAAUGCUUUCGCGUUUGUAAGAAGUGUGGGAAGGUCAUUGGCAUAUUUGUUGUGAGACUUUUUUUUUGUUCCUUUUGUUUGUUUGGUUAUUGUAAUGGACCACCUACCUAGGUUUGAUAACAUCAUAUUUAGGUCUGGCAACAAAAUUAUAUGCUUUGUAUUCAAUCCAAAUAAAAAUUAAUAACGUUUACAUAUUUUGUAUAAAAUAAUAGUGAUUCCUUUAAUUUAAUCAAUCUUAGGAGGAUCAAGAGUGUGAAUCCAGAGAUAUGUUUUCUAGAGGGGACAUUAGAAUGGACCUGGGCAUGAAUAGUGCUUAAGAUAUACAGUAGUGCUAUGUUAUUAGGAAUGAGUUCACCAGACACCAAUUAUUUAUACGUUAAUGCUAAUAGUGAACCCGUAAUAUCAUUAAUUCCACAAAAAGUAAUGUUAAUUGUUCUGUGUGGGAAUCAUGUAUGCUGGGCAAUUACUUAGUUUUUUAUACGAUUUAAUGUAAACAUAUUCAUCUAUAAAAUAUAAGAAUAGAAAAUUAGAAAAAAAAAUGUAAAUAUUUAUAGAUGGGCAGUGAUUUUUUUUCCAAAAGAACAUCUGAUUCAAAAACAACAAGAUAACUUUGAAUUUACGAGAUAAACAAAAAAAAUAUUAUUUUAAUCCUGAAAACAUAUAAAAAUAAUAAAAUGAUUGCAGUCUUCAUCUUUUUCGCCAUAAAAAAUCAAAUACUCACCAUAAGUUGAGAAAAAUGUGUAAGGAACCUCUUGUAACAUACACCUACAAUGAAACCUAAAAGAAAAACAAAUCAAUUUGACACAGACGAUCAAGUUGGAAACUAAAACGAUGACAAAUACAAAGCCAUACAACAGCCGAGACCAAAGACACAACGACAACUAAGACAACAAUAUCUUACUCUGACACUUUAUCAAAAGAUCCUUACAGUUUGAUCAAAAUACUCUUACCCAUGCUAUAAAGCUCAUUUAGAUAUCAAUUUCUUAUUAAAUUAUCAUGAAAACUGAUUACAACUCUAAACAUAAAAAAACAUAUUUAUAUGAAAAUCAAAUAACCUAUAACCUAUUAAUUUUUUUAAAGAUAAUUCCAACUAAUUAAAAUAAAUAAUUAAACAAAUAAUAAAUUAAAUAAACAUAAUAUUUGAAAUAUAUCUAAAUAUAUUCUCUGCAUCACUUAGACACUGAGACGCCAUUUGCCAUACGAUCAUACCCGUACGGUUUUUUACUCUGACCUUACUAAGCAGUUUAUAAUUCAGUGAAGAGUGGAAUAUAUUGAUCCUCUUUCUCUUUUCUUCAGAUUCAAUUCAUCGUCAUAUAGAUUUCUUAUCCUUUGGAGCUUGGGUAACAAACAUCAAGUUAAGAUCAUUAUCUAUGCCUUUUACACAUCCGACAUGCCAAUCUUCCAUUGUAUUGUCUUACUAUCAUCAAAGAUCACAUCAUCAUUUUUAUCUGAUUUUUUUUUCAGUUUCUUAAACAGCUUUGCAUUGAAAUGCACAUACACUAAGUUAUUUAACUGAUCUUUCUAUUCACUCAUAUAUGAAUAACCAUGUCCUCUCAACGACAUAAAAUCAUAGUAAGAUACUGUAAAACUGUGGUUAUGGAAGUAGUCGUUUUAACUGUAAAUACACAUAUUACAAACGGUCAAUUUCUUAUUUGGAAAAUAAAUAACCAUCUGAUUCUAAUAGUUUCCUUAAGUUUCAUGUUCUUUUGGUAUGAUCUUAAGUUUCAUGUUACCCUUAUAUUAAAAUCUUUUAUCGUUUUUGUUCUUGCCACUAAUAUAAAAUUUCAGAUAUAAAAAUACAUCUUUUUUUCUUGUUUCUGCCUUUACCUUUCUCUUCCUCUGUUUCCUUACAUUUUCGUGAGUUGUGUCUAUACAAACAAUCAGAUAAGUUGCUGUGAGUUGUGCGUUUGCAGGAGAUGAGCAUCUUUGUUCAUCUCUUAGUCAGACAGAGUCGUUGUAGAUUUUCAAAGCACGAGCUAAUUACAAACAGGACCAUUCAAGAAGAAGAACACACCUAUACAGUAUGCACUAACUAAUUUCAGGUGAAAAUGUCAUUUAAAUCAUCAACUUUUAAAUUUAGUUGAAAAAUGCAUGAACUUUCUCGUAGACACUUUAAAGACUCAACUUAUUUUUACUAGCGGUUUUAACCUCAAACAUAUUUUGACUAGCGGUUUUAACCUCAAACAUAUUUUAACUAAACCAUUUUUAAGACACCAUUAAAAUGGUUAACAGUGUUAAUUUCUGUUUCUAAUCUUUGUCAAAUCCAUACGAUGUCAUUUUGAAAUUAAAAACAAAAACAUGUUUCUCAAAGGGUUCAAACCCAUAACCAAAGCCUCAAUCGAAGUAAAGCCAAACCACUAGACUACUUAUAACUUUAUUAACUAGUGUAGCUACUAAUAAUAAUAAUUAUUACCUCACCAACAUCUGAUUCUUCUCCAUAAAAAGGAAAAAUUGUCAUGUCACUAUUGAAGGUAUUGAGUCUUGAGACUCUUAACCACAGAUUGAUUUGAAUUAUUUAAUAUUUGGUAUAGAAAUAUGAUCUUUGUACAGCAAGAAGUACAAGAAGUCAUGAUACAAAAAAAAAAAAAAAAUCAAACCAAGUUGGCUUAGGAUCUGUUAGACUUGUGAGUCGUGAGUCGUGACUAACAUUUCUAGAUACCAAAAGGUCCAAAACACUUCAGGGAACUCCUAACUUACUAAUGUAUUCGAUGUUCUGUUAAAAGAAAAGAGACAGACUUUUUAAUUGGAAGACGAAAGUGGCAAGAGGUUAUUGAUUCUUCUUGGCUCUGGAAGCUGUCUUUUUGAAGUUGUUUUGGCUUGUUUCAAUAAAAACGUAACCGAAUAGCGAUAUGAAGAAGAUGGCCCCUAAUUUUAAUCUUAAAACUCUGGAAAAUAAGGCUACAAAACAUCAUGAUAAUGGUCUGAAUAGUUGGUCCAUUUUUGCCAUAUAUUUUAACUAUUAAGAGUCAAACUUAUGCAUGAAUUGUCAAAGAUUAAAAUAAAAAAGGGCAAAGCUUGGCGAGCAAGAUAAGAGGUCACUUCCAAGAAAUUUGUCCAAGAAUAUUCAACCCUGAUUUUGUCUUUAUAAAUACAUAUCAUGAAACUAAAUCUAAACAUCAUAAAAAAAACUCUAAACAUGUCUCCCUUGGCGUCUUUCUUUGGUUGCUUCGUUCCAAAAUCCAGCGCAAAGAUUAGCUCAACCAAUGAUAGUAACUCGAAAGUCUUGUCCUUGGAGAAACCAAAAUCUCCGAGAGCUCCAGUCAUCGUGUCUUAUUUUCCCGCAGGUUCGAAUCUUUCGCGUUUGUAAGAGAAGAUAUAAGAUCAAGUGUGGGACGGGUGUUGACUUUUUUGUUUUAUGUUGACAUAUAAUGUAAAGACUUUAUGUGUUGGUUUGAUUAUAUGUAAAUUGUACUGGACCAUCUAGGUUUAAAGAAAAGGUACUGGAACCUUUUUAAUUCUGUAGCGUAACAAUAAAAAUAUGUUUCUUAAAUAAGUUUUACAGUUCGGUUAUAUAAUA